CAAUGCCCCCUUCUGACGUUCGUCUUCGUAUGUUAAAUAUAAGUUCUUUACGAAUAUCAUGGCGUCCACCACCAACAGACCAUAUCAACGGAAUUUUAAAAGGAUUUUUAAUAAAUAUAAAAAGUAACCAUUCCUCUGUUGAAGAUCGUAAUAUAACAACAAAUGAAAGAGCAACAAGCGUUACUUUAUAUCGUUUAAUUCCAAAUGCAAGUUAUGCAAUUCGUGUUGCGGCAAGAACAAAUGCUGGGGUUGGAAUAUUUUUUGAUGAAGAGCCUGUUGUAAUGAGUAAGUUUUGUUUUUUUUGA